AUGGAGAACCGCUGCACGCAAUUGGAAGUCGAGUUGAGCUCUAAGCAGAGCGAGCUGAAGUCCUACAAGGCCGAGGUUCGUGCCAAGAUCAUCGCCGUCGGCAAGGCGGAGAUGAUCCUCAACGAGGUGCACAGAAAUCCAGCGGAGUUCGCCUCGCAAAUAAAGAAAAAUAUUGUCGCCCAGUUUUCCAAGUGGGACAUCGAUCGCGUGGACUUAGAGGCGUCGGCCGAACUUGCAAGGGAGAAGGCGACCGAUGCUAUCCAGGCCCAACUGGACCGUUUUAUGGAGUAUCCGAAAGCGGCCGAGAGGAUGGCGGAGGAGUUAGAGAGGUGCAAAAAGACUGCUCGGCGAGAAAAAAACUUGAUGGUCCUGGAGCGAAAGGAAUUUCGUCGACAGCUGCACAUGUUUCAGAAGUGGCAGACGGAGAACAGCAACUUACGGGAGAAGGCCAGAGCCCAGGAGAUGCAGGUCGUGGCUCUACGGCGCCAGCUAGCGGUGACCGAAUCGGGGUUGGCCGGGAGUGCUUCAACGAGAAAGGCGGUGAUAGGGGGAACAGUGGAUCGCUUGCAACGAGCAGAGACCGCGGCAAAGCACCAGGUUCACAAGUACCGAGAGUUGGCAGGAGCGCGAGGGGUUCAAGCUGCGCAAAUGAAGACGGAGAUCUCUUCCCUCAAGGCCACCAUCAAAACCCUUCGACUCAAGCUCGAGCCACCCGCACACGACUCCUACGAAACGGAGAUAGCCAGACUCGCGAGGGUCAACCCCGAAGUGCUGGACAUCCAGCAGAAGUCGGGGCUAAGCAAAGAGGACAUGGAGGCCAGCAUGGCGCAGCUCAAGCUUCUACGGGAGAAGGAGGAGCAGAAGGAUGCGCUAAUUGCGCUCGCGCGGGAGCGAGACGAGUUCGCGUUGUGUAUCAAGGACCUCAGAGCCCGAAACUCUUGGCUCGAGAAACAAGUGCUAAAGACCCCGGACGCGCUCCGGUCUGUGGCGGAGGAGCGUGUGGCAGGUGCGGCCCCUACCAAACGACCCGAUAAUUCCAAACGUGCGGAAACGUCGUCCAACCACGGCUGGAUGACCACUCAGAACGGCGGAGGCCGAGGGAUCAAGAAUCGCGCAGCCCCCGGUAGGGAGAACGAGGCCGCACCGAGGCUGGAGAACCAUUCGUGGGCCCAGCAGGGUUCCGGAGAGGCGGGGGUAGGGUCAACGGCAAGGGUCAGACGAACAAUAAAAAUGCUCGAAGAUUGCGACUGCUAA